UCAAAAAUUUUGGUUUGAUGAUUAGAUUUAAGGAGAAGCAGAGAAAGAGCAAAUCCCUCCGACAAUAGCUGCGGUGCCGUGACACAAACACUCGUCGGCGAUACGCGACGCAACGUGGCGCUUCCGACACUUUCGUCUGCGACUCUUUCAUCGUCAUCUUCCCCUACCCACCCCACCCCCACCCCACCCCACAGGGAACCCCGACCCCCCAAUCUGCAAAAUCAAACUAUACUCCCACCUAUCUCUACAGUAACACAACAACAGAUAUUCUCACCUCCACCGCUUUCUCUCUUUCUGUAUCUCUACGUACGAGGAGCUGUCUCUAUAAGCUUGUUCUUUACGCCAAAAGAAACAUCCACGCGGCGCUCCGGCCCCGGUGAAUCGGAGCCGCGGAGCAUCGUUUCCGUCUGGAUUUAUCUUCUCUGUUCAUUCGAUUCGGGUCCAGCUGGUAAUGACAUCCUCUGAAUAUCAGUUGUACCUAUGAAGGACAUGAAAUCAUGGAAGUCCCUUAUGAAGAAAAGGGGCGACUCAUUUGAAGGGGGAACAUGUGGACUGAAGAUGAAGCAAUUGCCGUUUAUGGGAAUUGUUUGUACAGUAAUGUUGUUUAUUGUAUAUAGGACCACUAAUUAUCAGCAUCAACAGACACAGAUGGAGUCAAAAUUUGACCCCUUCUACAAUUCAAAGGAUUCUAGUGUGGCUGACACAGGGUUACGUAGUUUGCCUCAUGGUAUCAUAGAAGCUAGUUCUGAUCUUCAGUUAAUGCCUCUCUGGUCAACAAGUAGCUCAAAGCCCAAGGCUAAUAUUCCAGGCUCUCAUAACCUGUUGGCAAUGCCAGUUGGCAUUAAACAGAAAGAUAAUGUCAAUACAAUUGCUCAAAAGUUUCUUCCAGAGAAUUUCACAAUUAUUUUGUUCCAUUACGAUGGAAAUUUGGAUGGGUGGUGGGACCUUGAAUGGAGUAAAGAGGCCAUUCAUAUAGUUGCCCAUAAUCAAACAAAAUGGUGGUUUGCAAAGCGUUUUCUACAUCCGGCUGUUGUAUCUGUUUAUGACUACAUAUUCCUAUGGGACGAAGAUUUGGGUGUAGCCAACUUUCACCCUGGAAGAUAUCUUGAAAUUGUGAAGUCAGAAGGACUGGAGAUAUCUCAGCCAGCUCUGGCCCCGAAUUCAACUGGCAUACACCACCGAAUUACAAUAAGAAGCAAAUCACAAAAAUUUCAUAGAAGGGUAUACGAGGGUCGAGGUAGUACAAGAUGUACUGAAGUUAAUGACGGUCCUCCCUGCACUGGAUUUGUGGAAGGAAUGGCUCCCGUCUUCUCAAGAUCUGCAUGGCAUUGUGCUUGGCAUCUUAUACAGAAUGAUCUUGUUCAUGGAUGGGGAAUGGACAUUAAGCUUGGGUAUUGUGCGCAGGGGGACCGGACGAAAAAAGUUGGUGUGGUUGACAGUGAGUAUAUAGUCCACCAGAGCAUCCAAACUUUGGGUGGGAAAUCACUGAAAAGGGGUUCAAAUCCUCGGGAUUUAAAAAAGCAUGUGGUCGAUGUUAGAUCCGAGAUACGGCGAGAGGCCACACACGAGCUGCUAAGAUUCAAGGAGCGCUGGGAUCGAGCAGUGAGCGAGGACAAGGACUGGGUAGAUCCGUAUAAAGAUAGCGAUAGAAUGAGCCAAAAACGCAGGAGCAAGAAAAGGCGGAGGCGAAAUUUGAGGGCGUAAACCUACUUAAUUGGUAGCAGUUUGGUGAUGAAAUCUUCCUCCUCCUCUUCAUCCCAGUUGCUUCUAAAUCCAUACUUGUAAUCUGUAGUUUGUGUAUGUGAAUUACACCACACCAUUAGUUCAUUAUUUGGACUCUUCUUACUUUACCUUCAUAUUCAUAUUCAUAUAUAAUCUUUUUGGCCCCGA